AUGAAACUCUCACUCGUUCAUGUUAUUGGAGCUUUCCUCCUGCCUGUGGUACUAGCCCAGAGCAAGCGAGCUACCAAUUCAAGUUCAUUCUCCACUACAGGUCUACUCUCUUCUGGUGCAGUUGCGCUUGGUGACUGGGAUGCAGCAUAUCAAAAGGCUGUAGGUUUCCUUGGCCAGAUGACUAACGAGCAGAAGCUCUCAUUGAUCACUGGAAGCGAUGUUGAUGCUCUUAAUUGGACUGCGCUAGUCAUGAAAGACGGAACACAAGGGCCCAAUGUUUACAAUUAUGAAACUGGCUUCAGCGAAGGCUCCGCCAUUGUCUACACCUGGGACAAAAACCUUAUCAGCACUCAAUUCUCCGCCGUUGCCGCUGAGUUUUAUGAUAAGGGUAUUCAGGUCGCCCAAGCACCAACCUCUCAAACACUCGGCAGAACUCCUUGGUCUGGACGUCUCGUUGAAGGUCUUAGUCCAGAUUCCUAUCUGAACGGCAUAGCAUUUGGCCUUGGAGCCAAGGCUAUAUCAGACGUUGGGGUUAUUUCAUGUGGAAAGCAUUUCUUGCUCAACGAGCAAGAAACUAACCGCCAAUCUUCGGGUAGUUCAACGUCAGAUGUUGCACCGUACACCAGUAAUGUCGACGAUAAGACCCUACAUGAAACUUAUAUGUUUCCAUUCUACGAUGGGAUCAAGAAUGGGAUGGGAACAGUCAUGUGUGCAAUGACAAAGGUGAAUGGCACCUUGUCUUGUGAGAACGAGAAUCUCCUUCAGGAGCUUCUCAAGACCGAGAUUGGAUUUCCCGGAAUGGUCACUCCUGACGUGAACGGACAGGGUACUGCUUACGGCUCUGCCCAAGGAGGUCUCGACUAUGGUUCUUCCAGCUACUGGAGUAACGCAACUGCUAUCCGCAACGUAAUCGGUUAUUUCUACGUCAAUCUCAACAAUGGUUCCCAGCCGGCAUCCGUAUCAACAAGUGCAUACGUUGACGUUCGAGGCAAUCAUUCACAAGUUGUCCGCACUACUGGCUCAGUGGGUAUGGUCCUCCUCAAGAACACAAACAAUGCGUUACCUCUAUCCAAACCACUUAGCAUCGCUAUUUUUGGUGCACAUGCCGGUUCGAUCAUGGUAGGGCCCAAUUAUCCGUUCACAGUACUUGGUUCCGGACCCGUCUACCAAGGGCAUCUUGCUGGGGCCUCCGGCUCUGAGACGACUUCUUUCUCCAUUUUAGUCACUCCCCACUACGCGCUUACUACCAAGGCUCUUGCUGAUGGUACGAUGCUACGGUGGAUUUUGAACGACACAUACACUGCCGAAGCGAUCGCACCCAUUCCAACCAAGCGAGACCUUGAUACGACUACAUAUGGGAACGACACGGGAAGCAGUUCUAGUGGUGGGGGUGGGGGAGAUUCUUUCUCUGGUGGAACCUGGCUCACCCAAACCUACGCUGGCUACGCAACUGACGCUUCAGUCUGCUUGGUUUUCAUCAACGCCAUGUCCGGAGAGGGAGCCGACCGCACCGAGCUCCGAAACACCGACCAGGACACUAUGGUUAAUACUGUUGCAGCCAAUUGCAACAAUACUGUUGUGGUAUUGAACACAGUUGGUCCUCGUAUUCUUGACUCUUGGAUCGAGAAUGAGAACGUCACUGCUAUUCUCUACGGCUCCCUGUUGGGUGAACAAUCUGGCAACUCCAUCAUCGACGUUCUUUAUGGCGACGUGAAUCCCUCAGGUCGCUUGAUUCACACUAUUGCCAAGAACGAGAGUGACUAUAAUGUACUUCGACAAAUACAAUGUAACCCCACACUUCGAAUUUGGGUACGGUUUAUCGUACACAACGUUCAACUACUCCUCCGCCACUGCCACCAUCACCAACGCAACCGCAUUCGAAUGGCUUACCCAACCGGCAUCCUCGCUGUUGGAGGGAAAACCGACUUCUGGGAUGAAAUCUUCACCGUAAAUGUGACCAUCAACAACACCGGAUCCCUCGACGGCAAUGAGGUCGCCCAGCUGUAUGUGGAAUUCCCAGAUGAAGCUGAUGCACCAGUUCGCUCACUGCGAGGAUUCGAGAAAGUUUUGAUUGCCAGCGGCGCGAGCACUAAAGUUGAUUUCGCGCUGCGAAGACGCGAUCUUAGCUACUGGGAUGUUGUAGCUCAGGAUUGGAAAAUUGCAACUGGUGAAUACACCUUCAGUGUUGGAGCUAGCUCUCGGGACUUGAGGGCGAAUAUUACCAUGACGCUUGGUUCUUGA